UUAUUGGGUGGCAGGGACUGCGUGAUAGACAAAAGGGGUUGAUAAAUGCGCGUCUUGAGAUAAUUUCAGUCAGUAUUUUGGACAGAUAAUCUGCACAUCUGUGUCACGGCACAGACUUAGGUUGAAUAAAAGAAGGGUCAGGGAGCUUUACUUUAUUCGAUCUAGCUUUUCAGGAUCAUUUAGCGUAUUGUUUGGCUACAACAGAUUUAUUGUUAAAGAAAACGAAGUCAGUCUACAGACAAAACCUUUUAAGAAAAUGGUCGAAAAUAGUGCUAAGGACUAUCAGUUAUUGUCAGCUAUGGCAGUAACAACAAGUGAGGGUGUAACUCCUUGGUCAAACGACAAAGAUGACUACGAACUCAUGGGAGUCAUAGGUGCUGGUGCAACGGCUGUUGUCCAAGCAGCUAUGUGUAAACCUCGUAAUGAAAAAUGUGCUAUCAAGCGUAUUAACUUAGAGAAAUGCAACACCACAGUCGAAGAGUUACUGAAAGAGAUUCGAGCCAUGAGCCAGUGCAAGCAUGAGAAUGUGGUAUGCUACUACACAUCAUUUGUGGUUAAAGAAGAGCUCUGGGUUGUGAUGAAAUUGUGUGGAGGAUCAAUGCUAGACAUCAUAAAAUCACGCUUGAGGUCAGGCUAUGGAAAAAACGGAGUUUUAGAUGAAGCUUCUAUUGCUACUGUGCUAAAAGAAGUUUUGAAAGGAUUAGAAUAUUUUCAUGCCAGUGGUCAGAUACACAGAGAUAUAAAGGCUGGUAACAUUCUCAUUGGGGAUGAUGGAUCUGUUUUUGUUGCAGAUUUUGGUGUAAGUGCUUGGUUAGCCACUGGUAAAGAUCUGACCAGAGAAUCUGUUAGACAUACUUUUGUUGGAACUCCCUGCUGGAUGGCGCCAGAAGUAAUGGAGCAGGUGACUGGAUAUGAUUUCAAAGCAGACAUUUGGAGUUUUGGAAUAACAGCCAUUGAAUUAGCAACAGGAACAGCCCCUUAUCACAAGUUCCCUCCCAUGAAGGUGUUAAUGUUGACUUUACAAAAUGAUCCCCCAACUCUAGACACAAAUGCAGAGGAUAAAGACCAGUACAAAGGCUAUAGCAAAAUUUUCCGUAAAAUGAUUAGUGACUGUUUAAAAAAAGAUCCAGAGAAAAGACCAACAGCAAAACAGUUAUUGAAGCAUGAGUUUUUUAAGAAAGCUAAGGACAAGACAUACUUGCAGAAAAGUUUGUUGGCAGAAGGACCAGCUCUUAAAGGACAAAAGGUGAAGCGUGUGCCUGGGUCUAGUGGCAGGCUGCACAAGACAGAAGAUGGAGGCUGGGAAUGGUCAGAUGAUGAAAUGGAUGUCACAUCAGAAGAAGGGAAGGCCGCCAUGGCUGAAGGAAGGUCCCCCAGAGUAAAAGUUUCCCCAGAUCAGCUACCUGAAUUACCCAUUCCAAUAAGAUCAGCUACUGUAGAAGAUGGUAAGCCUGAUUCAGAUGAUGAAGCUGAGACAGAUCAACUUAAACUGGAAGUUGAGUCAGCAGAAGAAGCAUCUCCAGAAUCCAAGAGCUCGCCAGAUGGUGCUAAGCUGGAAGAUAAACCAGCUAGGAAUAUGGUGCUGCGCUUAAGAAAUGAAAAACGCGAGCUGAAUGAUAUUAGGUUUGAUUACAAGGUUGGACAAGAUACAGCUGACAGUGUGUCUAGAGAGCUGGUGGAGGCUGGACUAGUUGAUGGACGGGACAUGAUUGUUGUUGCUGCAAACCUCCAGAAAAUGGUGGACAAACCAGAUUUGACCAGCCUCACUUUUGCUUUGAACUCAGGUUGUGGGCCCAAUGAGGCACCAGAUGACAAGGCAUUGAUAGGAUUUGCACAGCUCACAAUGAAUGAUUCCUAACUGCAGGCCAGUUCUUGCCACUGAUGGAUAUCUGAUAUUGUUCACUCAUUAGUUUAUUACAAAACUGGUUUGGUUUGAUACUCUUUAAAAAUGAUACCCUAGCAUACUUCAUUUAUUCCAAAACUUAGCUUUUUAAUCAAGCAAAAUAACAUGGAUUUAAACCUCAUCACAAAUGCCUUCAGCUGCUGAUAAAAUAACUAAAAGGUCUCUGUACUUCAUAUGUUCUUUUACUGAUUUUUAUCUAAUUGUAUGUUAGCUAAAAUCUAAAUUCAUAGCUAAUAGAUUGGACACAUCAACGAAGCUUCUAUUUUAGUAUGGCAAUGGGUGAUGUUGUAUAGACAUCUUUUAAAAAAUUUUUUUUAGCACAAUCAAAAACUGAAGUGGAUAAAUCAAAUGUUAGCGUGAUUGUGUAACUAAGAAUUUCCAGAUUUGAUGUGCUGCAUCCAUCUGUAAUCAAAGAUAGUCCGAAGUAUUUCUUUGUGCAAACAAAACAGUUCUCCUGAAUAGUUUCCAAUUUUAAUAAACAUUUAUGCUAGAAGAGCAUCAUUUUUUUAGUUUCUCUUUGAUGUAAUUUUAGCAAGCACCAUGUCCUAACAUGCUACAGAAACUGUUAACUCAUAGCUUCACAAGUUUUCAAAAAAAUGAAAAUUCCCCUGUAUUAGUGGAUAACCAGCCACAUCAAAACUGGAAGUAAUAGAAGUCAGAGCUCUGUCGAACAGAUGGUAUUUUUAUUAUGCCUUUUUUAAGUUUUAUUAAUUUUUCUGUAAUGUACUUUUGAUCAAGGUUGUCUAGCCAAAUUUUUGUCUUCUAUCCCUCAAUGUCAAAAGGGAUUGCCAUAACUUCUAAAACAAUGUUAAUCAGAAAAAGUAUAUAUAGUGUAUGUAUACACAAAUAUAUGUAUAUAUUUACAUACAUACAUGUGUAUAUAUGUUUAUAUCUAUACAUACACAUAAAUAUAUAUACAUGUAUGCAUGUAUAUACAUAUAUAAAUAUAAGCCCAGCAACUCCCAACCUUAGUGUAGCUACUUCCUAGGUCCCAGCAACUCCCAGCCAUAGUGUAGCUACUUCCUAGGUCCCAGCCAUAGUGUAGCUACUUCCUAGGUCCCAGCAACUCUCAGCCUUAGUGUAGCUACUUCCUAGGUCCCAGCCUUAGUGUAGCUACUUCCUAGGUCCCAGCAACUCCCAACCUUAGUGUAGCUACUUCCUAGGUCCCAGCCUUAGUGUAGCUACUUCCUAGGUCCCAGCCUUAGUGUAGCUACUUCCUAGGUCCCAGCAACUCUCAGCCUUAGUGUAGCUACUUCCUAGGUCCCAGCCUUAGUGUAGCUACUUCCUAGGUCCCAGCCUUAGUGUAGUUACUUCCUAGGUCCCAGCCUUAGUGUAGCUACUUCCUAGGUCCCAGCCUUAGUGUAGCUACUUCCUAGGUCCCAGCCUUAGUGUAGCUACUUCCUAGGUCCCAGCCUUAGUGUAGCUACUUCCUAGGUCCCAGCCUUAGUGUAGCUACUUCCUAGGUCCCAGCCUUAGUGUAGCUACUUCCUAGGUCCCAGCCUUAGUGUAGCUACUUCCUAGGUACCAAAGAACCACCCAUUGCUUGAGUUUUCUUUGCUGACAUGAUUGUAUGGAACAUGUAUGCGAUGCCUUCUGAAUUAAAAGUCAACUAAAUG